AUGUCCAAGAAGUCCUCAAACCAGCGUAGUACGUCCAACAAGUCCUCAAACCAGAGUAGUACGUCCAACAAGUCCUCAAACAAGAGAAGUACCUCCAAGAAGUCCUCAAACCAGAGAAGUACCUCUAAAAAGUCCUCAAACCAGCGAAGUACGUCCUCCAAGUUCUCAAACCAGAGAAGUACGUCCUACAAGUCCUCAAACCAGCGUAGUACGUCCUACAUGUCCUCAAACCAGCGUAGUACGUCCAACAAGUCCUCAAACCAGCGAAGUACGUCCUCCAAGUUCUCAAGCCAGAGAAGUACGUCCUACAAGUCCUCAAACCAGCGUAGUACGGCCUACAUGUCCUCAAACCAGCGUAGUACGUCAAACAAGUCCUCAAACUAG